AUGUCGCUCCUUGGAUCCCAUAAGGCUCAGCUGACCAAAGCAGCCAAUAUCCUGCGCAAGAAGAUCGCGGAAGUGGAACAGGCCAACCUGGAAAGCGAAAGUCUUACCUCCGAUGCAGGCAAGGAUUACGAUUUCGUCAUCAGUCGUAGAACUUUGCUUUCCGAUUUUAUUUCUUCUAUCAGUUGCACUGCUUCUUACUUACGUGCUCAGCGGGAGAAAGCUGAGGAGUUUGCUUGUUCGAGGCCUGACGAGCAGGGAGGAUUCCCCUUCCGCGUUGAGAUCUACGCUCAUUGGGAAGCCAGUGAUAUGGCGGAUCUCUUGGUGGAAGCGGAUAUUCUCCUUGAACGUUUGGACAACAAGAUCAAACUUCUCCCGAACGCGGAUAUGCUGUACGAACGUCAUCUUUCGUCGAUUGCUUCCACCCAGCUCACUCUUAAUCCCGCAUCGUCCCCCUCUUCUUCCGAUACUGCGCAACCCCAAGUGCCCGCUCAACCCGCGCAGAUUUCUCCUUCCCAGGACCGUCCAUCGGAUCCUUCUUCAGUUGCGCCGGUAGACCAUGACCCUCUCGCGAGUGACGCAGGGAACCCUCCGCAGGGAGACCAGUGUCCGCGAGUCCCUUCUGGAUUUGGCAAUACCCAGUCAACCCGUCCUCCUGCUCCGACGAGCAUGCAUCCUCUUGGAUCCCAAACCCCUUCGCCAAAUCUAUUUCCAAGUAUAUCACCGAUGCUCUUACCCUCAUUCGAGAUACCAUUCUUUUCCGGCGAUAUGGACGCGUUUCCUGAAUUUUGGAACAUCUUUGCUGCUUCUGUGCAUAACAACAACAGCGUGCCGGUAGCUGUCAGGUUCAUGUACCUGAAGACGCACUUAAGAGGAGACGCAGCGAACAUCAUCGCGAAUUUCCAACCCACUGAAGAGAAUUAUGAGGAUGCAGUACGCACGAUCCAGAGCACCUACAAUCGACCGGAACAUUUGCGAAUGCGUCUUUGGGACAAGCUCAACAAGCAAGCGCCCGCAAAGGAGUCUGCGGCUUCACAGCGCGCUACGCUUGGCUCCAUCAGAGCUAUUUGGUCCCAGAUGAAGCGCUUGAAGGAAGAAUCGUCGAUAGGUGCACUGAACACGAUUCGAUCGAAGUUCCCACGACGUACACGUGAGAAGGUUGGCGAGAUGAAGAAUAAGGAAGACCAGAUGUGGACGGUAGACGAGCUACUGACAGCAUUUGAUACGGUUAUGGACAGGCUGCAGUUAGUCGAAGACGCCGAUCCCACACCUUAUGCCAUCUACGCCGAUUCUACAGUCCGUCAAGCUUCUUCUUCCCCGCACAGGUACACCAGCGAUAGUCCGACGCGAAGUAGGCCGCAGUAUCAGUCAUCAGUCUGCCCCAGAUGUUCGCGCAGCUUUCGCUUACCAUCUCAGUACCAUUCGACUAGAACCAGGACACCAUCCCCGUACUACCCGCAACGUGCGUCUCGCACUCCAGCACAAUCGCAGAUUGUGUGGAAGUACCCGGUCCUAGGCAGCGAAGAGCCAUCGUUGGCCAAGAGCAACUCUGUUGGUUAUGCUUAG